UACUGCUGUUAUUGUGUACCACCGAGAGAGGCUAUUUAUUUACUCUUUCGUAGCCAAAAUUUUCCCUUUUCCGCUACGAAACGGUGGGAAAAAAGCAGUCCCCAAUCCCCGUGUGUGCGUGUGCGUGCGUGCGUUCGUGUGUGCGGUUCGUGUCCAGUUUUCCCCGGGUUUUCCUCCCAUUGAUUGUUGACCCUCUAUUGGGCCACUGCUGGCAGCAGGAUCAAAGUGUAAAAUCCGGUGCCGUGUUGGUUGUUGGUGGUACGCAGUACGCAUUAGAAGCAGCACAGAAGGGCCCCAAGGCAGGCAGGCAGGCAGUGGUGGUGAGGGUGCAGCCAACAUGUCCGAUACACCGAUUAUUGAUCUCGGCAACGAUUCCGAGUCGGAGGAUGUGAUUAUGAUCGAGGAUCAGCCGGAAACGAGCGCACCGAAGGAGGCGGGCACACCGUCGACGAUGGACACCAGCGAGACGGUGGAGGUCGCCUCCGAGCAGGAUUCGGAUGAGGUCGAAUUCGUGCCGGUCGAUGUUAACAUGCUGGCAGAGGAGAAGAAAAACUCCGGAAACGAUGAGUACAAGCUGAAACGGUACGAGGCGGCACUGCAUCUCUACUCGGAAGCGAUUCACCUGAGCCCGGGUACGGCCGCCUACUAUGGCAACCGUUCAGCCUGCUACAUGAUGCUCGGCGACUAUCGGUCCGCCCUGAACGAUGUGAAGACGGCCAUCACGAUCGACGAGAAGUACGAGAAGGGAUACGUCCGUAUGGCCAAAUGUUCCCUGAUGCUCGGCGAUGUCAUCGGUACGGAGCAAGCGAUUCGCAAGUUUCUCACGCUGGAUCCCUCGAACACGGCACUGCGGGAGGAGAUUGCCAGUCUGAAGCAGCUGCGCGAUCUGAACGAGAAGGCGGCCGCCUGCUACGAUAAGAAGGACUAUCGCACCUGUCUGUACCAUUGCGAUAACGCAAUCAAGAUUGCACCGGGCAGCAUACAGAACAAGCUGCUGAAGGCGGAGUGCCUCGCGAUGCUGGAACGCUUCGAGGAGGCGUGCAACAUUGCGAUCUCGAUCAUGCAGACGCACAGCACGAACGCGGACGCGAUCUACGUGCGCGGGCUGACGCUGUACUACAGCGACAACCUGGAGAAGGGGCUGCUGCACUUUGAGCGCGCGCUGAUGCUCGACCCGGACCACAAGAAGGCGAAGGCGAUGAGGCAGAAAGCGAAACAGCUGAAGGAAAAGAAGGAAUCGGGUAACGAGCUGUGGAAGUCGGGCAAGUACCGGGACGCGCUGGCAACGUACACGGAGGCGCUCGAGAUCGAUCCCCAGAACAAGGACAUCAACAGCAAGCUGUACUACAACCGGGCGCUGGUGAACUCGAAGCUCGGCAACCUGCGCGAAGCGAUUGCGGACUGUUCCAGUGCGCUGGCGCUGAACGAGAAGUACAUGAAGGCGCUGCUGCAGCGUGCCAAGCUGUACUACAACAUGGAAAACUACGAGGAAGCGGUGAAGGACUACGAAAAGGCGCUCAAGUCGGACCGUUCGCCGGAGGUGAAGAAUUUGCUGCGCGACGCCAAGUUCCAGCUGAAGAAGUCGAAGCGCAAGGACUACUACAAAAUACUGGGCGUCACGAAGCAGGCGUCGGAGGAUGAGAUUAAGAAGGCGUACCGCAAGCGGGCACUCGUGCACCAUCCCGACCGGCACGCGAACGCGACGGACGAGGAGAAGAAGGAGCAGGAGCGCAAGUUUAAGGAGCUCGGCGAAGCGUACACGAUACUGUCGGAUCCGGUGAAGAAAUCGCGCUACGACAGUGGCCAGGACCUGGAGGAGAUGAACCACAGCGCCGACAUCGAUCCGCAGCAAAUCUAUCGACAGUUCUUCUUCCCGUCCGACUACGGGUUCGGCGGCUUCCAGGGCGGUGGCGGUGGCAACAGUUCCAACUUUUCGUUCCAUUUCGGUUAAUUACAUACCGCGUGACGCUGCUGCUGCUGCUGCUUGCCAGCUCUCGUGCGCAUGAUUUAUGUGAAGGAAGGUGAGGUGUGUGUGUGCAGCAGAUACUUAGAUGUUUAAGCGCAUAUUGUAAUCAACCGUGAAGAAACGACACAUGUACUACUACCCCAUACUGUCUGUGGUCUGUGCCCCUUCAUCCACCUCUCCCCGUCCGUAUUCCGUUGUAAGGUAUGCGGAACGCACAAGGCAGAGAAGGACAAGGACGCGUACCGCUGUUUGGCGUAGCGCUUGUGUUUUGCGACACUUGGAGGGCAAAAAGAGAGAGAAAGAGAGCGAACGGUGGUGAGUGAGCACACUUCCUUCUUCGUUAAGGUGAAAAAGCAUAGCAAAACAAAACAAAAAAAA